CCAAAAUGAAAUUUCUAAAAUGUCUGCUCCUCCUCCAUUCUUCUCCUCAGUCUUCUCUUUUCUCAGAGGCUGCUAAAACCAAAAUCAAAGAGCCACGAGAGAGAGAGAGAAGAGUUUCUCCUCGUGUCCAACUAAUAAUCAUUUCGUGUCUCCAGGGAUCACACUUGAUGAAAGGAUACAACGUAUUCACCUGAAAUUCAGAAAACCCAUUUUGAUAAAACUGAGAAAAAGAAGCGUGUAAGAGAGAGAGACAUAGAGAUGACCGAAAACGACGUCAUUACAGGAGGAGGAGGCUGUACUGUUGUUGUUGGCGUGAAGUUGGAUGCGUCGAGCAGCGAGCUGCUGGAUUGGGCUUUGGUUAAGGUUGCUGAACCGGGUGAUACCGUCAUCGCUCUUCACAUUCUCACCAAUGAGAUCACCGAUCAAGCAGGCAACUCUUCGUUUCUCUCCCUUGUUAAAACUCUCGACUCUGUUCGUGAAGUCUAUGAAGGUCUCUGCAAAUUAAAACAGGUUGAGUUGAAGCUGAAGCUAUGCCGGGGCUCUUCUUCUCGAAAGGUUCUAGUCAGAGAAGCAAAACUGUGUAAUGCAUCCAAAGUUGUGGUUGGAGUUUCCAAAAGCUACCAUACAAUUCAUUCUUCUGUCUCAGUGGCUAAGUACUUAGCCAGGAAACUAGCAAAAGACUGCUGGGUUAUGGCUGUUGACAACGGGAAAGUCAUGUUUCAGAAAGAUGGUUCCCCAUUGACCGUUCACCAAUCUAAAGGGAAAAGCAACGCUCGUAGGAACACUUUGUCUAGCUUCUUUCAGAUGCCUGUCACAUUGCAAAAGAAUACAAAAGUAGUUAACAACUCGGAGGAGGGAGGGGAAGAGGAAGAAGCAGAGGAGGAUCGUUCCAGUGGACAUAGUCUACGGCAGGCUUUAGUGUCUUCCUGCCUUAGGAAUCGCUCUGUUUGUGGAAAUGUAUCUGGAUCGUCCUGUUAUGAUGUUGAUCAAGAAGAAAACGCUGAUGAUUUCGACAAGUCAAUGGCCUCUGAGCCGGGAAAAGCUCCGGAAGAUUUGACCAGAUUCAUCAAUCUGCUGGUAAAGGAGAUUCCCGAGUUUAGACCAGGCUGGCCUUUGCUUUGUCGUGUACCUUCUUCAGAUGUGUUAGUUAAUGUUCCAAGAAGCUCUUCGUACAGAAAAAUACCAGUUGCUCAGUGGGUGCUGAAGCUGCCUUCUAGGACCAACUCUGCUGUUGGGAGUUCAGACACUACGCAGAUUGGUUUUGAUUUUUCUGAAUCUGAAGAUGAUAAUAAUAAGUUGUCUAGCUUGAACGCUGAAGGUCCAGCAAUUGUUCCUGAUGGUAAUGAUUCUGUGAUCGUGAAAUGUUCUCCUGAUAAUAGUCCAGAGGAAUUAGAGGGGCUUCAUGAGAGGGUCUCCACAUCUUGCCAGUCCUUUAAGUACAAUGAGCUUGUGUCAGUGACAUCCAACUUUUGUCCUGAUAAUUUCAUCGGAAAAGGAGGAAGCAGCAAGGUGUAUAGAGGUCAUCUGCCUAAUGGAAGAGAGGUUGCAGUGAAAAUUCUCAAGCAAACCAAAGGCGUCUUGAAUGAUUUUGUGGCAGAGAUUGAAAUCAUUACAGCCUUAAACCAUAAGAACGUUAUUUCCCUCUUAGGUUACUGCUUUGAAAACAGUAGUCUCUUACUUGUAUACAAUUAUCUCUCAAGAGGAAGCCUUGAAGAGAAUCUUCACGGCAACAAGAGAGUUUCGGUUGCGUUUGGUUGGAACGAGAGAUAUAAGGUGGCUGUGGGAAUAGCUGAGGCGUUGGACUAUUUGCAUAACAGUGCUCCACAAGCCGUCAUUCACAGAGAUGUUAAGUCAUCAAACAUAUUGUUAUCUGAUGACUUUGAGCCACAACUUUCUGAUUUUGGGCUUGCAAAGUGGGCGUCGGCAUCUACAACGCAGACAAUCUGGUCCGAUGUCUCAGGCACCUUUGGGUACUUAGCUCCAGAGUACUUUAUGUAUGGUAAGAUGAACGAUAAGAUAGAUGUAUAUGCAUAUGGUGUUGUACUCCUCGAGCUUCUUUCUGGAAGAAAACCGAUAAAUAGUGAAUCUCCAAAGGCUCGAGAGAGUCUUGUUAUGUGGGCCAAACCAAUUCUGGAUGAUAGAGACUAUUCGCAGUUACUGGACCCGAGUUUGUUAGAUGACAACGAUGGUGACCAGAUGGAGAGGAUGGCGUUAGCGGCCACUCUUUGUAUAAGACAUAAUCCUCAAUCUAGGCCAGAUAUGGGAAUGGUAUUAAAUCUUCUUAAAGGUGACAUGGAGAAGCUGAAGUGGGCAAAGGAAGAAGUUAGUAUUGGUUUAGAGGAUUCAAAGCUACUCAAAGACGAGAAACUGGAUAGGUCAAAUCUACAGUCACAUCUAAACCUAGCGUUCCUUGACAUGGAAGACGACGCACACUCUAUGGUAAGCAUGGAUCAAGGCAUCUCCGUGGAGGAUUAUCUUAAAGGCAGGGAAAGCCGCUCAUCAAGCUUCAACUGAGCUUGUUCUACUGAUAAUUAACAACAAAAGCACAAUGGCAAAACUUUCCAAGCUGAAGAUGGUCAAGACUCUCUCUUGCAUGUGACUCGCAAGGUACCAGUGUGAGUGUAGCGUAUAUAGUGAAAGAAAAGGUGUUUCUUUUCAUUUGGAUAGGGCGGUGGAUGUGUUGUGGUGUGGGUUCUACUGCCCCUCCUCCCUCCCUUGGUUUAGAGUUAUAAAAUGCAGCUUUUAAUUGUAAUGCGGGUAUAUGUUUUACAACUUUUGCCUUUGUUGGGUGGGGCCAAAAUAGACAUGCAAUAUGUGCAUUCCUUGAUCCUAAUGGAUCAAAGUGAAUUUUCUUUGUCAUGUAUUUGCUCAUACCUGUCACUAUCUAACAUUAUCUUGUUGAAAUGCAUUAUUUCAUU